UAAAAAAUUAUUUAUCAAAUGGAGGCUAGUACAAGUCAUGAAGAAGAGAAACAAGACAGAAUAAAUACUGCUUCGAGCGAGACACCUGAAACUCAAAAGACUAGUACAAAGAGUUUAGAUGAACCCAGAGGCGCAGAGACGAUUAGACAAAUAGCGAAAUUGCUAAAAAUGAAGCCCUAUGAAUGCAAUAUGUCCCUUGUUGAGUUAGACAGCAUGCAACCACUUGAAUUACUAAAAUUACUAAAUCAGGUGAUUGUGAAGCUAGAUAGUAGUCAGAAAGAUACCAAUUUCAGAACUGAGACCCAAGAAGAGACUACAAAUAGAAUUUGUCAAUUUUUUACAAAAUUAGGGCUCUCUUGAGAGUCAGAUUCGUCUUUGAAAUUAGGCCUUUAUUGUAACAACAGGGAAACUAUCCUCAAAUCCUUGGAAUUUGUUUUGCAAACAGUUGAAGAUUCCAAAGAAUUAUGAAGGAGUUCUACCUUUCUCUCCUCUUGGGCAAUACCUGAGGAGCUACUCAUAGACGAAGAUAUUAGAAAAGAAAUAAAUAUUUACAAAGAUAUACAAGAAGAGUGGAAUAUCAUAAAUGGAAAUUUGGGUAUCUUAAAAUCAAAGGAUACUCCAAUAGAUACCCUUCAGGAAGAAAUCACCCAGCUUGAGUUAAGAAAAGAAGAGCUUCAAUCUAAGAUAAACGUCCCACAUGCAAACAAUUCGAACUCCGUCUUCAAGAAACUUCUUGAUGCCAACAAGCUGUUAAGAAUAGAACAAGAGGUUCAAAAUGAGAAUGAAGAAAAGAUGUUUGUCCAAACCUCUCUUAUGCACACAGUCAAACAGGAUAUGCAGAAAGCGAAAGAAAUCUUCUUGGAAGACUCUAAGAAGUUAUCUGAUCCUCUAAAUGAGGUAGAGAUGUUAGAUCAACUUAAAGAAGAAGUCAGAAAGAACAGACAAGAAUAUUAUGACUUCUUGAUUAAAGAGUAUGAAGAAAAAUCUAACCAAGCUAGCUUAAGGAGUAAUGAAAGAACAGAACAAAAAGAAAGCCCAAGCGAGGAAGAAGUGAAUCAGCUAGAAGAAGAAGUAGAAGGAUUAAGGAAGGAGUGUAGAAGACUCGAAGAGAUGAGUGUGGAGACUGGAAAGGAAGAAGAGCAAGAUAAGAAGUUGAUGGGAGAAAUAAAAGCUUCUUCUCAAACAAAACUAAAUCAAGAUGAAGAGAUUUUUCAACUUCAAAAGAAAAAGAAUGCUCUUUCAGAUCUCUGGGCUUCUAAGCAACAUGAAUAUUACAUAGCCAAGGGUGUCAAGUUCAUUGGUCCAGACCCCCUCUUAAAAUACUCAAAGGAGCUUCUUGUCAAAGAGCAAGAAUGUGAGCACAUGAAGAAACUUCUUGCACAGAUCAACUCUAAACAGAAGGUUCUCAGCAAAGCUGAGAACCUUCUUCUAGAAAGAGUUGAAAUGACUGAUGAGCUGAAGAAAGAACUAGAAGAGCUCAAGAUGGCCUUCACGACUCCAAGAAUGAUAGAGAAUAAAAGAAAAGCCCUCCAAGAGAUUGAAGGAAAGAGACAGAAGAAGGAAGAAGAACUUAAGAUGUUGAGGGAGCAAGUCAAUAUUCUUGAUGACGAAAUUAAGAGAAUGAAAGCAAUUCUAGCUCCAAAAAUUAGAAUUCUGAGAGCAGCUAGAGCUAAACAUGAAGAUAAAGAAGGGCUUUAUAUAAAGAAGAAGAGAAAAUAUGAUAAGGCUAUUGAAGAGAUGAAAAAAGAGAAGAAAUUACUUGAAGAGAGUUGUAGCAAAUUGAGGGAUGAUAGCAAAGCCAGGGAGACUAGAUAUCACUCCUAUAACAUUCAGAGCACAAUAAACAAUGCUAUUAAUAAGGCUAUCCAGAAAGAGACUCUAUUUCAUGAAGAUCCUGAAGCUAGGUUCUCUGCUGACUUCAAGACAAUGACUGAAAUGUACUCUGCGAAGAUUGAGCAAGAGCAAGAAAUUAUCAGAAUUUUAGAAGAACAUCUUAAAUGUGCUAAUGAAGAAUCAGAAAUCCAACAGAUUGACACAUCUGAGGGACAUGACCAACCUGCUUGUGAGGAAAAGAAGGAUGAAGAGUAGCAAAGAUAUCAUAAUAAUGCUUAAAGUUAAGAUUUCCUGACCAUCAAUUAGUAGUUGUCUCUGAAGCUCGUUGCUUUGGUAGUCGAUAGAUAUCUGUUCUUGUGAGGUUUUAAAUCCAGGGAUAAGCGGCAUACAGUCUUCUUUCAUUCAAUUUUCCAUUAGUUAGGCUCUUGUUGGGUAAUGAAAUUGUAGGUAUGUUUUUUACUCCUGUAAAAGCGCUUUCUUUUAACUAUCACUUUUCAUAAUUUUAAUGUAGAUCUUUCGAGUUUUAAUAAUUAUCGUGAAAUGCAACAAUUUAUUACAAUGAAUCUGUCGAAUUAGUGUUAAGAAAAAUCUUGUAUAUCCAACUAGAGAAACUAGCACAAAAAGAAAGGAUAAUACUUGAUAGCAUUUUGGUAGAAUUCUUGGGAUCUAAACUGGCAACUCCUAAAUCUAUCCUUCGAGUAUUUAGCUCCACUAAUUCUU